AUGAAAGAGACCAAUAACUCUGAAAAGGAAAUUAGGCAAAUGCUGCCAGUAAUGUUAAUAGGUUUGGUAACCCUAGUUAUGUACACCAUAUUUGUAACUUUUUAUUGCUUGGUCUUGCUGCAAAUUGAUGUCGAGCAGCAGUACGUUGAUAAGAAUCUAUUUAAAGAAGGAUGUGCUAAACUAGUAACUUUUCACUUGUUACUCUUUCUGAUGAUAUGGUCGUUUUAUAAAACGUAUAAAGUGAACCCAGGUGUAGUGCCCGACACCUACGAGUGGAAAGUAGAUCCGGAUAUUAAUCGAAUAAAAGAGAGAGAGAAGACAGGGGAAUUGCGCUAUUGCCCGCACGAGAAGAAGUACAAACCAGACCGAGCCCAUUACUGCAGGGCAAUUAAAAAGAACGUGCUGAAGAUGGACCACUACUGCCCAUGGGUUGCAAACUGCGUUGGAUUUUACAAUUACAAAUUUUUUUUGUUGAGUCUUUUUUACGCGAAUUUCUGCUGUUUUUAUGUCGAGAUAAAUUGCUACUCCUCCUUCCCCAACUUUUAUUCUAACCCUAAUGUUCUCUUCAACGACGUUUUCUAUUUGUUCCUGGAGAUGGUCCUAGCUGUCGUCAUUUUGCUAAUAAUUUUCCCCUUUUUCCUUUUCCACUUGUACCUGACGGCAAAAAAUUAUACAACCCUGGAAUUCUGCGUUAUUGGACAAAGGGAUAAGCGAAAUAUGUACGACUUGGGGGUGGAGGAAAACUUCAAGCAAGUUCUGGGUGAUAACAUUCUGCUAUGGUUUCUGCCAGUUGGUCGACCUAAGGGAGACGGGUUGUUCUUCGCUACAUUCGAAGCUGUAGGUAAUAAUUUUUUUUGA